ACUCCCACUCAAAUCUCCUGAGUCCAUAAUACCUGACUACAACAAUGCGUAGAACAACGAACCGCAACACGAGGACCCCAAACUCAAACGUCCCUUUUCUAUACUUCUAGUUAAUGGCAGAUCUAUUACAACAAAUUGUACUUCCUACGCAUGCUUGCGCAUAUCAACGACCCACAAGCAAUCCUCCUUACUGAAAUUGGUGCUCCCCCGAUACAUUGGACUCCACCUUAAUGAUUCCUAAAUAUCAGCUCUUCCGAAAAGAUCGCGGCACAGACAAAGGAGGCGGAUGCAUGAUAUACCUACACUGUACAUUUGCAGCAGAACUUCUUGAUCAUCCACGGCUAACAAAUGUUCCCGAAUCUCUUCGGUUGUCCGUCUCAGAAACCAGUUCUCAAAUUUUACUCGGAUGUGUUUACAACCCGCCAAGUGCGAGUGUUACCAUCCUCACUCUAACUUUCGAGUAUGCUACUGAGAUGCCACACAGAGCGAAGAUAAUUGCUGGUGAUUUUAACCUACCAAAGACUAACUGAUCCUCUCAACCAUCCUCGUCUACAUAUACAGCUUUCCUUUUCUC